CGUCUUCUCUAGCAAACACAAUAAUCUUCUCUCUGGAAUGAUUUGAGGCUGUGGCUGAGGUAUAAUCCGUUGUAUUCAUCUUAAUUUCAGUCCAUUUUCUUCGGCUGCAAUCCACUGUGAACAAUGAUUCCGAAGGGGAAGCAAUAUCGCGCUUCUUCGCUAAGGAAGAAAUCCUCUUCCACGGUGAUUUUGUCAAUGCUAAUAAUGUUUUCCUGCCUCGUUCUCAUUCUCCUCGUUCUCGGAAUCCUCUCCAUCCCUAAAAGUUCCUCCGACUCUCCCAAGCCCAACGAUCUCACUACAAUUGUUCAUCAUACUGUUUCUGAAAGCGUAGAGGAUGAGGUUGAAGAUCCAGAGGAUGACAGGAAAGAUCAGUGGACGGAAGCGAUUUCUUGGGAGCCGAGAGCAUUCGUUUACCAUAAUUUCCUGUCCAAGAAGGAAUGUGAACAUCUAAUCAAUCUUGCAAAGCCUAGUUUGGUAAAGUCAGUAGUUGUUGACAAUGAGACAGGCAAGAGCAGAGAUAGCAGGGUUCGUACAAGUUCUGGUACAUUUUUGGCUAGAGGAGUUGAUAAGAUAAUACAUAAGAUUGAGCAAAGGAUUGCAGAUUAUACAUUCAUACCUAUAGAAAAUGGUGAAGGUCUUCAAGUCCUUCAUUAUGAAGUGGGUCAGAAAUAUGAACCACAUUUUGACUACUUUCUUGAUCAGUUCAACACAAAGAAUGGGGGUCAGCGGGUGGCAACACUUCUAAUGUACCUAUCUGAUGUUGAAGAAGGAGGUGAGACCGUUUUCCCUAAUGCAAAAGGAAAUUACAGUGCUGUGCCUUGGUGGAAUGAGUUAUCAAAAUGUGGAAAAGAAGGAUUAUCUGUUAAGCCAAAGAUGGGUGAUGCUCUUAUGUUUUGGAAUUUGAAGCCUGAUGCAUCACUUGAUCCUUCCAGUUUACAUGGUGGUUGCCCAGUUAUUAAAGGCAAUAAGUGGUCGUCUACAAAGUGGAUGCAUGUUGAGGAAUUCAAGGUUUGACCUAGUAUGUGAAGGUAAUUUUGGUUCCAAGAUGGAUAUGUAUUUAUUAUAUGGUGCUUACCCUAUAAAAGAAAUCAUAAAUUUUACACUUUCAUUGUAUUUUAGCAUUGUUGUUAUUCUCGGUCAAAAUCAUAAAUUUUACAAUUUCUU